AUGGCCUCCGGGAUGCACACCCCACAGCCCCAGCCCCAGCUCCCCCGUGAGGCCCCCGCAGCCGAGCCCGCGGCGCCGCCGGCCUGCCGCUUCUUCCUGGAGGGCCGCUGCCGCUUCGGCGCCCGCUGCCGCCAGCCCCACCCGGGGGCGCCGGCGCCAACUCGCCGCGGGGCCAAGGCCGGGGCCGAGGCCGAGGCCAAGAAGCCGCCGCUGCGCACGGCCGCGGCCGUCAUCCAGCGUAUCCGCUGGGACCCGCGCCUCGACCCGGCCGACUUCUCGGUGGGCUACGCCGACCGCUUCCCGGGCGUGCGCGAGGAGCCUUUCGGCGCCUUCUGCCGGGACGAGCCGCUGGCGGCGCUCGGGCCCGGCGUCCUGGCCGUGCAGCAGCACCGGGUGCGCUACUUCCGCUUCCGCGGCCGCAUCGUGUGGGACCGCGCCUCGCGCACCGACCUUGUCUUCGGCUCGGGCUCGGCGGCUGGCCGCGGGCCCACCUUCCUGGACGCGCUGGGCGGCGGGGGCGCGCACGACGGAUGUGAGGCCACACACGGCGGCGGCGAGAACGCGCACGACGGGGCAGGCGCCCAUGGCGGCGGGGGCGCGCACGGAGGGGUGGCUGCCGUUCCCGCUGAUAACGGAACCGGGCUGGAGGGUCCGGGUGCCUGGCCCUGGGAAGGCAGAGGGGCCGCUGGAGCCAGGGCCGCGGCGCCUCGCCAACCCCGCCCCACGCAUUUUGUGGCUGUCAUGGUGACUGAUGCCGCGCUGCAGGUGGGGGCGGCCAAGGCCCGGGAAGAGCUGGUUCGAGCCGCACCCUCGUGCGCUGCGUUCAUGGUACCCGCGGGGGCCCUACACCUGACACUAGCCCUCCUGAGGCCGACAGGCCCCGGGGAGGUAGCCGCCGCAGUCGGUGCACUAAGACGCGCGCUCUUGGCCCCAGGAAUUCAGGCACCCCUGCAGCUGAGCUUUAGGAGCCUGCUUCUCCUGGGACAGCAUGUGCUCUGUGCCCCCUCCCCCUCCCCGGAAGAUAGGGCCCAAGUGCUGAGAGGCUGGAAGCCGAGGGGCUCAAGAGUAGUACAGCCCCUAGGGGGGCUACACCCCCACCUCACCCUAGCCAAGGUGCCCCACGGAUCUCAAGUCGGCCUCCCCCACCCUGGGUUCAGCCCCAGGCAGGAGCUGGGGAGCCAGCCCCUAGGGGAAGUCUGGCUGUGCCGCAUAGGCAGGGCAGGGGACACCUACCAGCCCCUGGCUGAGCCACCCCUGGGAUGA